CGUUCAUCCAAUGGAAGUUUUGAUCCUCGAAGCCACACUGAUCUAUUCGUUCUCAGCAAUUUGGUUUGCUCGAAGCAGUUCUCUAAGGGAUCAGCUGGGCGAGCCAUGGCGAGUUCAAUGUGGGCAUGGAUCUUCUUGGCACUCGGAUGCAGGAUUGAGGCAGGACCUGCCAGAAUCUACGACUGUGACGCUGGCUUCUCCAACUGGCUGCAAGGUUGGUCCGAUUCCAAGAAAGACUGGUGCUGCAAGAACCACCAGAGAGGCUGCGUGAAGUACCACUGUCACUCUGGAGGAGAAAUGCACACGUGGUCUGCUGACAAGCGCUCCUGGUGCUGUGGAAAUUUUCAAGUAGGCUGCCCGCGCACGACUUUGUCACCUUUGAAGUGUGAUGCAGAUUGCAACAUCAAUGGAGAGUCAUCAACGUGCCAACAGCGCAUCCGUUGGAACCAAAAGGAUGUCUUUGGUAGCAAAGACAACGCCUGUGCCUUGGCCUACAGCAAAGUGCAGGUGGAGUGCGAUGUGUGCCGGGCUUGCACAAUUGAAACAGCGUGCCAAGGAUACGACUGCCAGCGUGGCUACUCAAAUUGGUAUUUUGGAUGGUCAGCUCGCAAGAAGUCUUGGUGCUGUGCCAACCAACAAAGGGCAUGCCCUGGCACCUGGCACGGAAGCUUCCACCUGCACGUCGAAACCUACGACUGUGACGCUGCCUUCGUCUUCUGGCUGAUCGCUUGGUCCGAUCAAAAGAAAGACUGGUGCUGCAAGCACCAGCAGAGAGGCUGCGUGAAGUACCACUGUGGCUCUGGAGACUUGCAGGCAUGGCCCACAGAUAAGCUGCUUUGGUGCAUGCGCGGAACGCUUACAUGGACCCCACAAAGAGUGCAGGUCUUGUUGCACAAAGGUGCAAACGUUAGCACCAAGGAUAGACUGGGCAACACGCCUCUCCAUGCCGCGGCUCAAUCCUCAGCUACAGAAGAUGUCAAGCUAUUGCUAGAUAAUGGUGCUUCGGUUUCAUCCCGAAAUGAUGAGGGCAACACAGCUUUGCACCUGACAACAUCCCGAGAAAUCGCAGAGAUUCUGCUCAAACAUGGUGCAAAAAUUGACGCGCGAAACAAUCGCGGUCAAACUGCACUGUAUCUUUGUUCUCGCAAGGGCUUUUCGCAGGUGGCUGAACUACUUCUCAAAAAAGGAGCUGCAGUUGAUGCGCAAGACGAUUUCUUUGGCAAAACGCCAUUGGCUGAAGCUGCCAUCAAUAGCCACUUGAAGACUGAAAGAACGCUACUAAGGCACAAUGCUGAUGCUUUUCACAUCACUUACGAUGGGAGGAUGAUUUCCAGUAUGGCAAAGCCAGGUGACGGCCAAGACUUGUUGAAGAACUACGCAACAUUUGCCCAGCUCGGGCAAAAGAUACAGGUGUGGUUGUGGUUGCCAAUGGCCAUUGUUGCCGGCUUUGGCUACUCUGCAUUACACCAUUGUUGUACAGCAAGCUCAUCGUACUCGCUUCUCAGAGAUGGUGCUGGGGAUGAUGCUGACUUCUUUCAUGGAGCGAGACUCAUUGUCGCAAAAAGUAAAAGCCACUUUGCCGGCUUUCGCCUCUUAGCACAUAUGGUGGGUGUUUCUAGCAAAUUGGUCCUUGUAUUUGCAGGCGGAAUGUGGAUAGUCCACUGGCCAAUUUGGAUGGCCCUCCAUGCUUGCUUGUAUGGCAUACCUGCUGUGAUGCAUUUGGGCAUUGCCAAGACUCUCAAGAGCCCUGCCUUAGUCCUGACAGUCCAUACUCCUGCCCUGGAACUUGCUAUAUUGUUCAUGUUAUUGUGUAUCAUCCUGGUUUUAGCGAGACCCGGUGAUUGCGACCAGGCAUGGUACAACAGUAUCAUAGCUGAGUCUGUUUGCAAGGCGACUCCAUGGGUUCCAGUGUUUUUGGAAGAGUCCAUGAUGGCGCUGCAGAACCCGGAAUGGAAAGCUUUGCUGAGAAAACCUUACUAUGUGUGGGAAGAAAUUGACUACAGGUUCUCCUUUGACGACAAGGCUGAAAACAAAAAGCUCGUCCAGGUGCAUGCAGUUGAUGUUGUGAUUGUCUUCCUGCUAGGCUUGUUUGCGGCUUGCCUUGUACAUGUGGUGAUCUUGGUCUUCACGAGCAUCCUGGGUUCCUUCAGUGAAGGAAAAUCCAAUAACACAGAUGAUUUUGAUGGAGAGGUGCGCGAAUUGCUGGAAAAAUCCAAGGACAAUGCAGAACGUGUUCCCAUGCUCCCAGGUGUUGAGAUUGCAUCCAAGUGGAUCACCCUGGAAUCCAGUUGGAAUUGUGACAGUCUCACGGGUUUCAUGUCCUCUACCAAUGUCAAAGUGGGACUCCUUUUGAUGGACAUCGUGCUUGAUAUCAAUACUCUCAAGGCGAUGCUACAGUCUGGUCACUUCUUGUUUGCAGCAUCCAUGAUGUUCAUUCUGUCCAAGUCUUUCAGCCAACAGAUACUAGCUGGGAACAUGUGGCGUCUUUGGGAUGCCAGGGCGAAGACAAUCAGCCGCGGUAUUCAGCACCGUAUUCUGUUGGAGAUCUUGGUGGAAGAGCAAAGCUUUGAAGCUUUCGCAUCUUUGGCUCUUACAACCUACUCUUAUUGGUAUACAGUGGCAGAUGCACUCACUGCAGUGAGUCAGUCGUUCAGCAUUGUGUCGAGUGUGUACAGCUUGGGUGCCUUUCUCUACCAAAGUGUGGAUUUGGGAAUUGAGCUGGAAGAUAAGCCAUCUACCAAGGUCGUUGUUCGCAGAGCAACAACAUCAACUGUCACCGCAUCUGCAGCAGAGAUGAAGUGUGGAGGCUGUUCCACCGGUUCUUGCACUAUUGGCUAGUUUCUUCUGCGGAAUGUUUCAUCCUGUCUCAAUGACCUUGAGAUUGGAACAGCAGCUUGAGAUUGUGGAAGAGUUCACCACCCUGCGGCUUGGGAAGAACGGAUCUUGACAGAGCUCCAGUUUCACCGCAUCACUUCGUUGAAAACCGUUGGCAUGUUGGAUGCCGAGGCUGAAACACAGCCGGUUUGUAGCGUCCCCGAAAAAUGAUCCAGCUGUGCAGACAUUCGCACAUUUUUGUUCAGCAAGCAUGGCAGCUGUUUGACAGCAGUAUCAUGUUGAAGCUAGCUGAGAAGCCAUCUUUGGCAGCAGGGC